AUCAUUGGUUAAUGGUCCCAACUUGUGUCUAUAGUUUCAACGGAUUGGUGGAAAUUAACUACGACACAUUAUUCAGCAAAUGUGUAUGAUUGUCAGAGAAUGGAUUUCAAUUGAUUUUUCAAAGUGUAAACUUACUAUUUAUCAAAAAUGCGAUGCUCAUAGACAAUAAUGAUAAUACUGGAGCCAAACGUCUAUACAUCUUUAAAACUGUGAUAGUUUUCUACCUUGUUUGAUGUGACAUAUCAGUAAUGAAGCCUACAUUAGCCUUCACUGGGUACCUUUUUACACUUCUAACUCAUCUUUUGGAAUCAAAUGGACAAACAAACGUAGUCAAAAUUGGAUUCAUAAUUCACCAGGAUUUUGAGGACUCUACAAAGUUAUGGAGUGCCAUACAAUACAAGAUGAGGAAAAUGGGGGCUUCGACUGACAGGACCUGGGUGCAAAUACAAGCAUUAGAAGGAACUGAUUACAUAUUUGACACGGAAGACAUCGUCAAGCUUCACAAGGAGGUUUGUAAAAAGGUCGCAGAAGGAGCACAAGCGCUAGUGUUUGUUGGAACAGCCAAGUCAGCGGCAGAAAUGAACUCAAUAGCAGAAAGAAUUUCUGUUCCUGUUCUUAUGCCUUUGUCAACAAAAAAUCAAAAAACUCCAAGCGAUUUUGUCGUUUCCUUAAAACCGUCCCUGAAUAAACCUAUCAUAGAAGUCAUCAAGAAAAAUGGCUGGAACCGAGUCUUUUAUCUUUUCGACUCCGAAGAAGGUCUUCUACGUUUACAAUCAUUUCUCGAAGACAUUGCAGAGAUACAGUUUGUAAAUGAAGUCAUCAUUGAAUCCCGGCGAAUAACUAACAUAUCUGAUAGUUACGAGUUAUUGCGUACAGUGGACAGACAGUACCUAAAUUGUUCUAGUCUUUAUCCAUGUCCCUGCCCUAGACCAAUCAUCCUGGAUCUAUCUACUCAGGCUGCUUUCAACCAAACUCGUAAGCAGAUUAUUGACGUCGGCAUGAAUAGAGAACAAUACCAUUAUAUUCUCGCAAACCUGGGAGCAGAUGAGUUAGAUCUCUCUUCUUUUAAGUAUGGUGGAAUGAAUGUUACUGGAUUUUCUAUCAAGGAUCCAACUUACGAAAAAAAUAUACAGCAGAGUGACUGUUAUUCAUUUAGUGGCCUUUGUCCAAUUAAUCAUAAACAUUCUUUGAUUAUGGACACGUUGGAGUUUCUAAGUCGUGCAGUAAAUAGCCCGGGAUUUACACUAAAUAAUCACCAGUCUUUACCAUCCAGCAAUAGUUGUGACGUUUCUGGUUUGCAGAAAACAUAUGGAAGGAUUUUCCUACGUAUAAUUAAAGGCACAAAAGUGAAAAGUCCUAUCAGCACCGGAACAGGAACUUUAGCACUUGAUGCGCAAGGAAAGAGAAAGGAUUACAUGCUAGAAGUCAAAUUCUUUACUUUCAACUCUUCGAAAUUUGAGAAGGUAGGAAUUUGGCAAGAAUCAGGAUUAUCGACGAAACUGGAUUACUGUAAUCCUUCUAAGGAUCCCAUAACCAGGGACAACCAGACUUGGAUUAUUACCACAAUAGUCGGCGAACCUUUUGUGCAAGAAUUAAAGUUGAAAGAGGGCAACGCAGUUGCACAACAGGGUGUAGCCAUGAUCAAUGGAAAAUUGUACGAGGGCUUUUGUAUAGAGGUAGCAGAGAAAAUAAAGGAAAGAUAUGAACGACUGGAAGGAAAAGGCCCUGGGACUUUUAAUUAUAAAUUUAAGUUAGUUGAUGAUACAAACUUUGGCAGUCCAAACAGAGACAAUGGGACAUGGAAUGGAAUGAUAGGCGAAUUAUUGACAGGGAAAGCUGAUUUAGCUCUAGCCUCUUUAACUAUCACUCGAGCCAGACAAAGAGUGGUGGACUUUACAAAACCUUUUAUGAAAAUUGGUAUCAGCAUCAUGAUUAAGAAGCCUGACAAACAAAAACCUGGCGUUUUUUCCUUCAUGGAGCCCCUAGACUCCAUGGUGUGGGUUUGUGUCAGUCUUGCUUUUACAGGCGUCAGUCUUGUUCUUUUCUUUGUCGGACGAUGGAGCCCAUAUGAAUGGCGGGCUGAGGCGACAAGAAAGGAAAUUUCAGUGACAAACGCUUUCACUCUGUCUAAUACUUUGUGGUUUUCUUUGGGAGCACUGAUGCAGCAAGGUUCUGAUAUUUUCCCAAGAUCAAUUUCAGGUCGGAUUGUUGGUAGCGCUUGGUGGUUUUUCACUCUCAUCCUGAUUUCCUCGUAUACCGCUAACCUUGCCGCCUUUUUAACAAUAGAAAGACUCAUUCCCCCUAUACAGGGCGUGGAGGAUCUAGUUAAAAACAAAGAUGUGGAGUAUGGAACUUAUAAAGGCGGAUCUACUGAAGCCUUUUUUGAGAUGUCACAGGUGCCUAUAUACAAUCAAAUGUAUGAAUAUAUGAAGGCAAAUGAGAAAAAAGUUAUGGUAAAAUCAGAUGAGGAGGGAUAUGCUAGAGUACGCCAGUCCAAAGGUGAUUACGCCUAUCUAGUGGAAUCACCAAAAAACGACUACCAGAAUCAGAAGAAGCCAUGUAAUACCAUGAAAGUGGGAGAAAAUUUAGAUCAUAAAGGUUAUGGAAUAGCAACAGCACCAAACUCAGCCCUAAGAAAGGAUCUGAAUCUCGUCGUGCUGAUGCUGAGGGAAGAAGGGGAGCUACAUAAACUACAAAGAAAAUGGUGGUUUGAUAAAGGGGAGUGUGGUACAAUGGACUCAAAGGACACUUCGAAGAACGCUCUUACUCUGAGCAACGUAUCAGGAAUAUUUCAUAUACUGAUUGGCGGACUUGUUCUUUCUAUGUUGGUAUCACUUGUUGAAUACUCCGUACAUCGGCUGCGUAAACAACACAAACUAAGAUUUCAAAAGCAAACAGAUGCUCCUAGGCCUGCGAUUAAGAUUGAAAAAAAGCAUCCUCUGGAGGUACUGAAAGCAGCUGGUUACACUGGCAUCUGUGAUGAGGCAAACGCUUAUAUAUUUAAUCCUCCAGAACAACUCACAACAUUUGAAAGCGGUAAAAACACAGAACUUUGAAGAUAAUCAAAACUGUUGGAGUAAAGUAGUAGUAAACACAUUUAUCCCAUCUCUUAUGACUUCAUGAUUUCAAUCCAGAUUUGUGUACAUAGAGAGUAGAUUAGUAACUCAACAAAUAUUAUUUUCUGUUCAUUGAAUAUAUUUGUGCAAUUGAGGUACGAAAAGGCUGAAUAUAUGUACGUCUUUUCUUAAAGUAUUACUAUUUAAUUUAUUGGCCGAAUUGAAAUAUAUAUAAUCAUUUUAUUUACCAUAUGUUUUACUUAACACUAACUGUAUUCAUGUUCAUGGUAUCAUUUGUAUAUAUUUCAGUAUUUUUACACUGUUAUUUAUUGAACGUAUUUGUACUAAGCCACAUGUACUUUAUAAAAAAUGUAUUGCUUUGAAUAGAAUGAGAAUUUUUAUGUUUGCGACAUAUUUCAGUCCCAGAUAUUUUGAAGAAAAAAAAUAAACAGCCAUUAAUAAGAAUAUCAAAUGCAUUAAUCGAAUCUUGAAUCCAAUUUAUAUUUCAAGGCAUCUGAAUUUGAUGCCGCCAUUAAUAGUAUAUAAAUUAACUUUGCAUUUUUCAGUAUACUUAGACCAGAACGUGUUUUAUUUCUAUCACCGCUGUCUAUAAUCAGAAAUCUAGGUAUUCCAUCAUGAUGUCAUCGCAAAGACAAGCGUUUAUCCGCUGAUGAAUUUGCCGUUCUUGUUUUAUUGCUUUGAUGGAUAAUCAUUAAAGGCUGAAUCUGUAGUUUGCUUUUUUCCCCUGAUCGCUGAUUACUUUUGUUUGACUGAUGUAGUUGACAGAUUCAAUAAACUGGUCAAUAUGUU